AGAGACAGGAAGUGAGCGCAGCUUCCGUUAGGGCGAGAAUCUUGCCCAGCGGCAGCUCGGGGAGCCACCUCAGCGCGACGGGAGGAGGCGAGUCCGGGAGGCACCCCCAAAGUGCCUGCGAUGGAAGCCCGGGGGUGCGCGCGGUCCCGGCGGCCGCUGCCGGCGCUGCUGCUGAUCGUGCUGCUGCCGCCGGCCGCGGGCGCUGCAGGCGCUGCGGACGCGCGCUGGAGCGGGCAGGGCACCAUCCCGCACCUGCAGAGCAUCUUCCUGGGCCGCUGCGCGGAGUACAUUGCGGUGCUGAGCCCCGAGCUGCGGGACAAGAACUGCACAGCCAUCUGGGAAGCCUUUAAACUGGUGCUGGAUAAGGAUCCCUGUUCCGUGCUUCCCUCAGAUUAUGACCUUUUUAUUAACCUCUCCAGGCACUCCAUUCCCAGAGACAAGUCCCUGUUCUGGGAAAACAACCACGUCCUUGUCACCAGCUAUGCGGAGAACGGCCGCCGCUUUAUGCCACUGUGCAAUGUUCUGUAUGGCAUGGUUGGAGAUUUCUUGAGCUGGUGUCGACAGAAAAAUGCCUCUGGACUCGAUUACCAAUCCUGCCCUACAUCAGAAGAUUGUGAAAACAAUCCUGUGGAUUCUUACUGGAAAAGUGCAUCCAUCCAGUAUGCAAAGGAUAGUUCUGGGGUGAUCUAUGUCAUGCUGAAUGGUUCAGAGCCAACAGGAGCCUAUCCUGUAAAAGGGUUUUUUGCAGAUUUUGAAAUUCCUCACUUACUGAAGGAUAAAAUCACACGCAUUGAGAUCUGGGUUAUGCAUGAAAUCGGGGGAUCCAAUGUGGAAUCCUGUGGAGAAGGCAGUGUGAAAAUCCUGGAAGAGAGACUGCAGAAAAUGGGUUUCCAGUAUAGCUGUAUCAAUGACUACAAACCAGUGAAGCUCUUGCAGUGUGUGCAGCACAGCACUCAUCCCGACUGUGCCUUAAAUUCAUUUGCUCCAAAGCAGUUCUGGGACCUAAUGUGUUGGACCUUUUGUGACUUCCUAGCCUGCCCUUACUCAGGACGUGGACACCAGUUAGCCCUGCUCCCUGAAGCUACUGGUCAUGCUUUCCAGCUUCCAUAUAGAGCAGACACUCAGGUACCUGGUAGAAGAGUGGAUUCCUCCCUCCAAGCCAGGACACUCUGGGGACCACAGUGUGGUAGGACACUGGCUACACAGGGAGUGGAUGGGGCUGGGAACCAGGUCAAGCUCAGAAUGGGCUAAGUAAACAGAGUACGGGAAGAAAGACGGUAGAGGAACGAAAUCCAAGAAGAACUGGCAUGAUGUAGAAUGUUCAUUGGUGUGGCUACUGCUAUGAAUUGUGAGUGGUGUCAGCAUCUUAGAGAGGCUGUACCCAGCUGGGCACUAUCAAACCAAGUAGCUUGCCAUAACCCAGAUGUGUCCUGCUUUCUCACUCCUUGGGGUCCUGAAUGUGCUGGUCUCUCUGCACUGAUUUCCCUUCCUGCUCUGCCAUCCAUUUGUCAGAUUUUAAGGCCCAUCUUAAGCAUCACCUUGUAGGGGAGCAAAAUUUUCCACCCCAAAAUAUCUCUUUGACAUGUGGAUUAUCUUGAGCUGAAAAUAACCAAGGCCCAAAAGACUCAGGAAGAAACUUUGAAAUUCCCCCUAACUGCCUAAAAGAAUUAAGAAAGAGGGCCAGUUCCCUAGAAUAGAGCUAUCGCCAGAGAUACCUGCAAAGAUAUGGGCUCAGUGUGGAGGGGGAAACUCAGCAGGACUUACAGAUCAGACAAUGGGUCCACUCUGUGACCCAUUGUCUCUGCAUGACCCAGCAAACAUUUAUUUACCAGACAUUUGCUUUACUAUCUUCUUGUGAAUUGCAUUUUUUACCCUUUGAAGUCCCCAACCACUACCCUCAACGUCCUCUUUCAUCUUUAGCUGAAUAUAGUAUUUAAGGUGAAGGCUUCAGUCAUUUUGGUGAGUUACUCAGUUUAUCUUGGUCUCUCCCAUGUAUACGUUAUUAAACUCCUUUUUGAUUUCUCCUGCUAAUCCAUCUCAUGUCAAUUCAAUUCUUAGGCCAGAAGCACCUAGAAGGGUAGAGGAAAAUUUCUUCCUCCCCGACAGCCUCCUGAGUCCUCUGGUACCUCUACCACCAGAGCCUUGGUUGUUCUUUGCUCCUUUGCUGCCUCAGCCCCUGUGCAUUCCCCUAAGUUGGUCCAUCUUCACUGUCUUGUCAUCGUUGGGACUGUGGUUUUUUGAAGACUUACUCAUCAUUUCCUCCCUGGCCUGACCUUUCCUGGAUAAAGUGGACAUUCCACAUGUGGCUUUAAUGAGAGAAUGGAUAUGUGAAUGAACUGGGUUUCAGAGAAGAAAACACAGGGUGGGUGAUUCUUUAAUUUUCUUUUAAUGUAAGUUUUGUUGAAAGAGAUCAGGGAUGGUACAAGGAAAGAUUAAAAGCAUCA